GACGGUCUCUCGCAGCCAGCUCGCUCCUUGCCGUCUCCCUCCACCAUCUCCCCGCCAUGCUUUCUCGCCAUGUCCUCCGCAGGCUGCCUCUCCCAGCCCAUGGCCAGCACCUUCUGCGCGCCGGCGCGCCCCAUCUUCACCGUUCCCUCGCAACCGCCGUGCCUCCUUCACCCAAUGAUCCGUUCGCGAACGGCACAAAUGCGUACUAUGUCGAGGAAAUGUACAGGCAUUGGAGGCAGGACCCGAAGUCCGUCCACGUCUCCUGGGACGCCUACUUUUCCGGGAUGGACAAGGGCUUGCCCAGCCAGAAGGCCUUCCAACCCCCGCCCAACCUCGUCCCCGCGCCUGCCGACGGUGCGCCCGCUCUGCACGCUGGUGGAGGUGCUGAACUCGACGACCAUUUGAAGGUCCAACUCCUUGUCCGCGCCUAUCAAGUCCGUGGUCACCACAUCGCUGACCUCGACCCUCUCGGCAUCCUUGAUGCCGAUCUUAACGACGUUCAUCCCCCUGAACUCGAGCUCAGUCGCUAUGGCUUCACAGAACGUGACUUGGACAAGCAAAUCGCUCUUGGGCCUGGUAUUCUGCCGCACUUCGCGACCGAAGACCGCAAGACCAUGUCCCUCGGUGACAUCAUCAGUGUCAGCAAGAAGAUUUACUGCGGUCACAUCGGUUUCCAGUACAUCCACAUUCCUGAUAAGGAACAGUGCGACUGGAUCCGUGAGCGCAUAGAGGUACCGAGGCCUUGGAACUACACUGUGGAGGAGAAACGCAUGGUCCUCGACCGUCUCAUCUGGUCCGAGUCUUUCGAGAAGUUCAUCGCCAGCAAGUACCCGAACGAGAAGCGGUUCGGUCUGGAGGGUUGCGAAGCCCUCAUUCCCGGUAUGAAGGCUCUCAUUGAUCGCUCCGUCGAGCAUGGCGUCAAGCACGUCACCAUCGGUAUGCCUCACCGUGGUCGUCUUAACGUGCUCGCGAACGUCAUCCGGAAACCCAUCGAGGCCAUCCUCAACGAGUUCUCUGGCACUGCCGAGGAUGAUGACUCCCCCGCCGGUGACGUUAAGUACCACCUGGGUGCCAACUACGUCCGCCCGACCCCCUCCGGCAAGAAGGUAUCGCUUUCCCUUGUCGCUAACCCCUCGCAUCUGGAAGCGGAGGAUCCAGUUGUGCUCGGUAAGACGAGGGGUCUUCAGCACUUCGAGCAGGAUGAGGCGAACCACACCACCGCCAUGGGCGUCCUGUUGCACGGAGAUGCCGCGUUUGCGGGUCAAGGUGUCGUUUACGAGACCAUGGGCUUCCACAACCUCCCCAACUACGGUACGGGAGGCACCAUUCAUCUCAUCGUCAACAACCAGAUCGGUUUCACGACCGACCCCCGGUUCGCUCGUUCGACGCCUUACCCGUCCGAUAUUGCUAAGGCUAUUGAUGCACCGAUCUUCCACGUCAACGGUGACAAUGUUGAGGCGGUCAACUUCGUCUGUCAGCUCGCGGCCGACUGGCGUGCGAAGUGGAAGAAGGACGUCGUCAUCGACAUCGUUUGCUACCGUCGCCACGGCCACAACGAGACUGACCAGCCUAGCUUCACUCAGCCGCGUAUGUACAAGGCCAUCGAGAAGCAGCCCACGCCCCUUACGCAAUACUCGAAGUACUUGAUCGAGCGCGGAACGUUCACCGACAAGGACAUCGAGGACCACAAGAAGUGGGUUUGGGGUAUGAUGGAGAAGGCCGCUAGUGGAGCCAAAGACUACGUUCCGACGAGCAAGGAGUGGCUGUCUGCGUCCUGGCCGGGCUUCCCGUCUCCCAAGGAACUAGCGGAGAAGACGCUCCCUACGCGUAGCACUGGCACGUCGGAGGAGACGUUGAAGCGCAUUGGCAAGGCCAUCUCCUCUUACCCUGAAGGCUUCACUCCACAUCGCAACCUCGCGCGUAUUCUCAACACCCGCGGAAAGACUGUGGAGGAAGGUAGCAACAUUGACUGGGCCACCGCUGAAGCUCUUGCCUUCGGAUCCCUCGCCCUCGAGAAGGUCCACGUCCGCGUAUCCGGCCAAGACGUCGAGCGUGGUACUUUCUCACAGCGCCAUGCCGUCAUUCACGACCAGGGGAACGAGCAGCAGUACGUUCCCUUGAACGACCUCGGCUCGGGCCAGGCCCGCUUCGUUGUCUGCAACUCGUCGCUCUCUGAGUUCGGUGCCGUCGGUUUCGAGCUUGGAUACUCUCUCGUUUCACCCGACGCACUGACCAUUUGGGAGGCGCAAUUCGGUGACUUCGUGAACAACGCUCAAUGUAUCAUCGACCAAUUCAUCGCAUCUGGCGAGCGGAAAUGGUUGCAGCGGACCGGGCUCGUCAUGAGCUUGCCCCACGGUUUCGACGGUCAGGGUCCGGAGCAUUCUAGCGGUCGGAUAGAACGCUUCCUCCAGCUUUGCGACGACCACCCGCAGAACUUCCCCACCGGCGAGAAGAUGGAACGGCAGCACCAGGACUGCAACAUGCAGAUCGUCUACCCUACCACGCCUGCGAACUACUUCCACGUCCUCCGUCGCCAGAUUCACCGUGACUUCCGCAAGCCGCUCAUCGUCUUCUGGUCGAAGGCGCUGUUGCGUCACCCGAAGGCACGCUCGGACCUGUCCGAAAUGAUGGACGACACGCACUUCCAGCGCUACCUGCCUGACCCUCACCCUGAGCAUCUCGCUCCUCCCGAAAAGAUCCGUCGCCACAUUCUCUGCUCAGGCCAGGUGUACCACACGCUCUUGCAGGAGCGCGAGGAUAAGAAGAUCGAUGACGUUGUCAUCAGCCGGUUGGAGCAGAUCUCGCCGUUCCCGUACGACACGUUGACCCCUCAUCUCGACAAGUACCCGAACGCAGACAUCAUGUGGUGUCAGGAGGAGCCUCUCAACAACGGGGCUUGGACGUACGUCGGGCCUCGCAUUCUGACUGCUGCGAACCAGACGGAGAACCACAAGGGCAAGUACCCGCUAUAUGCUGGUCGGGAUCCUACAAGUUCGGUGGCUACUGGAAGCAAGGCGAUGCACAAGAAGCAGAUCGAGGCGUAUCUUGCUACCGCUUUCGGGCAAUGACAUUGAGUUCGGUUUUGCUACUAUUUGCACAUACUACUGUAUCCCUUCCGCAUAUGACAAUAAUUAUUCACCAUUCGGCAUGCA